CGGAAUCCAGAUCCUCCAGUCGCCCACCCACCCACCCACCGCCUUCUCCUCUCCCUUCCUUCCUUCCUACCUUUCCCUGUUCGUGUUCGUCUCGGCUUCCGGUCGCUGAUUCCGCGGCGGAGAUUCUGUGGUGGCGGUGCUCGUUCGCUCUCGCGCUUGGGGUUCGCGUGUGCAUGGGGCUCGACGUGGCGGAGAUCGGGAUGGGCCUGGAUCUGGGGCUCGACCUCAGGCUCUUCGCCGCGCGGAGCGCCGUCGGGAUGGCGGCGGCCGCGGCCAAGGGCGCGCCCGCGGGGAUCGAGGCCUGCAUCAGGAGCCUCGAGGAGGAGCGCCGCAAGAUCGAGGUCUUCAGGCGCGAGCUCCCGCUCUGCGUCCGCCUCCUCGCCGACGUGAUCGAGGAGUUGAAGGAGGAGGCCGCGAGGAAAGGCGGCGAUUUGGAGUUGAGGCCGGACGACGGCGACAAGAGGAAAUGGAUGAGCACCGCGCAGCUUUGGGUGGACUCCGACGCCACAUCCAAGUCCGAGAAAGAGCAACCAAGUGAGAUGACCUCGCCGGAGCCCAAGUUGCUCGGUGGCCCCAUGCCGAUACGGGCUGUUCCGGUGGUGCCGCCGCCGCCUCCACCGGGCUUCAGGAGGGAUGACAACGCUGCCGGAACUGCGAGGCUGCCCGGUCUGUCGUUGCUGCCACCGGCUGCAAAGACAUCGGUCUCUCCGGUCCCUGCCGUUGAUGAACACCGGCAGAACGCCGCCGCAAGAUUGUCUGCCACCAUGUCACCAUCUGGCUCUGGACUCAACCUGCAUACUCAGACUCAACAGCAGCAACAGCUGGCGAGGAAGACAAGGCGGUGCUGGUCGCCGGAGCUUCACCGGCAGUUUGUUGCUGCCUUGCAUCAACUCGGCGGCCCUCAAGUUGCUACUCCGAAGCAGAUCAGAGAGGUGAUGCAAGUGGACGGGCUUACAAACGACGAAGUGAAAAGCCAUCUCCAGAAGUACCGGCUGCACAACAGAAGAUCGCCCGGCAUGGCUCCCGUGAGCCAGUCGAUUGUGCUGGUGGGUGGCCUCUGGAGUUCUCAGGAGCAAAGCAGCUCACAGUCACAGUCAGGGUCUCCUCAGGGCCCCCUUCAGUUCUCUGGGUCAGGGAUGGCCGUCUCUGCAGCCACCGUCGGCGGCGACAGCAGCAGCAGCGACGAAGAUGACAAGUCCGAUGAAGGCUACAGCCGGAAAUGAUUGCAAGGCUGCGUUUGCAGAAGAUCGGUUGAGAGUGUAGAGGUAGCAUCGCGGCUUUGCGCAUCGGUGGCAAUAACAGGUUCAUCAGUCAGGGAGAGGCUGUAGUGCAGCCAGGCCAUGCACGCAGGGAGAUUGGGCGGUGAGUGCUCAAGAGAUGAACUGAUCAUGAGUUUGGUUGUUGGUUGUCAUGUACAUGAAAAGCUGAUACCAGUUUUCAUGAGGCUUCUUGACUUUAGUUCCCGGGCAGAUCCAAAUUUUCGCCCUGAGAAUUAUAUACAUGCAAGAUUAUUCACACACUGCUGUCUGUUUGUUUCUAAGUUAUUAUCAUGUUAUUGGUUGCGAAUA